ACAUAGUGCACUUCUUCACAGUUCAAAACUGUAUAACUUGAUCUUCACAUCUAGCGCAUACUAUAAGUGUCACAUGUUUCAAUUUACAUUCUAUCGCUAGUUUUAUAGACUACUUGAUUUCCAUCAGAAACAAGUAAAUACUGUAACAGAUUCUUAAUUGAUAGUAGGUGAUAAUCUAAGGAUUUAAUCAUUCAUGGAUUUAAUAUGUGACGUGCAGAGUUGUUGUUUUUUUUUCUGCGAUAUUGGAUGCAAUAAGUAAUUUGAAUGAAUUUGAAUUUCACUACAUGAUUUUAAAUAUAUAUUCAGAAAUGAUUGGAUUAUUGUGAGAAUCUAUUUUCAUCUAUUUUUAUCUGAUUGAAUAAAUUAAAGAAGAAUGCCAGGCUAUUUACUGAGCCUACUGGUAAGCCUGGUAUUAAGAUCGGUGUGGAGUGUGGAAAUUUCAAUGACAGAUACAGCAAUCUCAGUCCAAGAAGGAGACUAUUUUAAUGUUCGGAUCACCAUAUUUGGCAGCAGUCCCACACCGUUUAAUAUCAUUGUUGAAGUUGAAAAUGAUUUGGGUGGAGACUUUGUUGGUGUUACACAAGUUGCCAGUGUUCCAGCAGGAGUGACAGGUGGGACAAAUGUUGUAUUCUCUGCCAAAGCAGAUGGCAUUCCUGAAGAUGAUGAAUUGUUCUACAUGCGUCUGUAUGCACUUGACCCCUCCAUUCUUGUUUCCUCCCCCAAUAGAUUGGCUGUAACUGUCAAAGCUAAUGAUAAUGCUUUUGGAGUGUUUUCAAUUUCUGAGGUAUCACCAAUAAUAGCAUAUGAAAGCUUGUAUACUACAGUUACAAGAGUAAAGGUCCAGCGAACAGUGUCUUUUUUUCGAUCUGUUAUAGUAUUUUUCAUGUUAAACUCUACCUCUGAUGCUGCUGUUAUUCAAGGUGACAUUGCUCCUGCUUCUGGAUUUAUCAAAUUUCAACCUCAGCAGACUGAAGGCAACAUUGAGCUACAAAUUAUUGCUGAUAAUAUUCCAGAAAACCAAGAAAGUUUUUUUGUAAUCAUUACCUCAGCUUAUGAAGAGACCUCACAGGCUGGGGUUCUAGUCAAUUCUUCUUCAGUGGAACUAAUCAUUGCUGCUAAUGAUGCACCAAUAAGGUUUUCUAAUGCCGAAUAUCGUUAUGAAGAGGGUCCUGGAGACAUAAGCUACAAUAUAUCAGUAACAAGAGGUUUCAUGGCAGAUGGCUCAGCGAUAGGGCCAAUCAACAAUGUGGUCACUGUGGAGUAUACAUUUCUGAGUGGUACAGCAAUGCUUGGAGAGGAUUUCACUGGUACCAACGGUGUACUUAUGUUUGGUCCAGGAGAGACAGUUAAAACAUUUACUCUUGUGAUCAUUGAUGACACAGUACCUGAAACUCAAGAAAGCUUUAGCAUAAAGCUUGUUAUAACUAGGGGGGAUGCAGUUUUUUAUCCAGAAAGCUCAAAUACAGCCACCAUCUUCAUUGGCGCCAAUGAUAAUCCAAGUGGAACUAUAAGUUUCAAGCCCGAUCCUGGAGGAGGAUCUCCUACUCUACAAGUGAAUGAAGAUUCAUUUGUCACAGUGCAGUUUGUGGUUCAGCGCAUAGGAGGAACAUUUGGAAACAUCAGUGCUGAUUGGUAUGUCGAUAGGGAUUCUGGCAAUGUAGACCCUAUUACAAAUGAUGUUGGACCUAGUAAAGGAAGGUUAGACUUUAGAGAAGGACAAAAUCAAUCAGUUAUUGAGCUUACAAUAGUUCAAGACAAUGACCCAGAACCUUCAGAGUUGUUCACCAUCACUUUGUAUGCUCCCAAUAGCGUGAUACGGCUGCCAGGGAACUCACUGGCUAGAUUGUUAAUAGAAGACAGUGAUAAUUAUUAUGGCACUGUUGAGUUUGGACCAAGUAAUGACCACAGACUGUUUACUAAUCAAAGUGGUCGGCUUCUACAGUUGUCACUGACCAGAUCUGGUGGACGGUUUGCAGAUUUAUAUAUCAACAUAACUGUCUCUUACAGUGAUGCAUACAUAAAAAAUCCUGAAGAAGCCUUUGUUCAGUCAACAAGAAGAGCCAUAUUGCCCAAUGGAGAAGAUCCUGUUAAAAUUUCAUUUCAACUUAAUCCCUCAACAUUUCUUGUUAUUGGUGGAGAGUUUAAAGCAACUAUCAUUGAUCUGGGGCUUAAUUCAGCAUCAAGGUAUGGUGCUUUUAAUAGCCCAAGAAUAGGAACACGUAGACAAAUAUCCACUGUGGUAUCUUCAUUAGAAGCCAAUGGUGAAACAGGAUUUUUUAAUGUCACUAAUCAGGUAGUGGAUGAACCAUCUUCAGGUGUGUUGCAGGUUGGACUUUUGGUAAGCCGUGAAGGCUUAAGUGGUAGAGCUGUAGUUAGUUGGUCCUUGUCUGGUACAGAUGUAACGUCAGAUGAUGUGAGUGCAUUUCAAGGAACAGUUGUUUUAGAAUCAGGCACGUCAUCUGUUAUGCUGAACAUUGGGAUUAAAGCUGAUGACAUUCCAGAGCUAGAUGAGUUCAUAAUGGUUAGGCUUGACUCCAUUGAGCCCAAUGAUACUCAGCGACUUCGACCAGGCCUGACCAGUGUUACUAUCACUGUCAGAGCUAAUGACAACCCUGGUGGAAUACUGCAGUUUUCACAGUCAAAAAUGAAUUUGUCAUAUUCAGUUCGUGAAGGCGUUGAGGCAGUCAAUGUUGUGGUAGAACGGUUAGGUGGUGCUCUGCAAGAAACAUCUGUCCAGUAUUCCAUAGAGCCCAAUGGCACAUCUGAGUUUUUUGGUGCCAUUAAUAUUUUAGUAUUCCGUCCAGGAGUCAGGGAAAUGAGCUCCACAUUUUUAGCCAAGAAAGAUGGCAUUCCAGAGUUGGAUGAAACAUUCACUCUCUUCUUGACCCUUGUUGGUAAUGCUCAAGCUGUCAUUGGUAACAGAAGCAGAAUUGCUGUUACUAUAUUAGAAAAUGAUAAUCCAUAUGGAGUGAUUCGGUUUUUCACAGAUCCAACUAUAAUUUAUACAGACGAAGGUCAGCCAGGUGAGCAGCUAAAUGUUACUAUUCCUGUCCAGCGAGAUUAUGGCACAUUUAGCAGGGUCUCUGUGGCCUGGAGGAUCACACCCAGUCCACAGUUUGACCUAACUCCUUCAUCUGGGACUCUUGUUUUUGAGGCAGGCCAGUCCCAGCAAUACAUCAUUCUGAAUGUAGUCAAUGAUGAUAUACCAGAGCUAGAUGAAACCUAUGCUGUACAAAUGUCAUCUCCUGAUAAUAAAGCAGUGGCUGGUAUACCAAUGGUUGCAACUAUAGUUAUUCUAGAGAAUGACAACCCAGUGGAAUUUGCACAGCCACUUGUUUAUGCCAUUGAGCCACAAACCAUCACAUUAACUUUAUCAAGGCAAGGAAGAAUUGACAAAGAAUCUCGUGUUCAUUACCGCACACUGGAUGGUUCAGCUUCCUCUGUGGAGAAAGACUAUCUCCCCAUUCUGGUGACUGAGCUAGUGUUUGCUGUAAACCAAAGGGAGAGAACUAUACAGGUUAUUGUUCUUGAUGAUGAUCUGCCAGAACAAAAUGAGACAUUUUAUGUUCAGCUGUUUGAUGUUUCAGGUGACUUGAUCGUGACGAAGAACUCCACUGCCACUAUAGUCAUUUUGGCUAAUGAUGAUGCUUAUGGAGUAUUUAAUUUUUCUCAGCCUCCAGAUACACAAAUUGAGGAAGGGAGCACAUUUAACUUUGAGGUCGUUCGAAGUAGAGGAAACUUUGAAUCUGUUCGUGUUUACUGGGAACUGAGGUCUCUCUCAAAUGUCUUGCUUCUCUCUGGCCAAGAUUUCAAUAUGACUAAAGGACAAAUAGAUUUUUCUAGCCAAGAGAACAAAAGAUUUCUCCCCAUCACACCUUUGGCUGAUGGUAUACCAGAACCAGCCGAGCAGUUUCUGCUGACAUUGACUCGAGUUGAAGUCUUGUCAGGAAUAACGAGUGGAGGUUUGGCAUCGCUAGCCAAGUCAGGACUGGUUGUUACUGUCCAGGUGGCUGCCAGUGAUGAUCCUAAUGGUCGCUUAGCCUUUGCUUCAUUCUCUAGAGAGCUUAGUGUUGCUGAGGAUUUUUAUCCUGGAAAUGAAGCCAGCACAAGGGCUACUUUUGUGGUGGAAAGGAGGCAGGGGAAUCAGAACUUGAUCAAAGUACUUUGGGAAGUGUACUCUGACCAACUGGGAAGCAACAUUCCUACAACAUAUGAUCUCCUUUUCAGUGGUCAGUGGCCAAGCAGCAUGAUUCUUGUGAACCCUGUGAGCAUUCCUCAAAGACAAGGCACCACAACACCCAUAGCUUAUUUCAAUGGUGCCUCAGUAAACUUCAUUACAGUGAGUUCAGUUGAUGAACCUGCACUGGCAACAUUGUCAGCUGAUUUCUCUUUAUCUGCCUGGGUUUUGCCCAAUGCCAACACAAAUGGCUACAUUCUGUCCAGAUGUACAAGUGAUGGAGGCACUCAUUAUUACAGUCUUAAACUGGUACUUACAGCUACAAGUACAACAAUACAGCUAAGAUUGUCAACUAGAGUGCAGACCAACCAGUUACUUUCUGUAGACUCAACAACCCUCAUAAGUGAUGGUAGCUGGCACCAUAUCCUGGUAGCUGUGCUUAGCAACUCUGUCAACUUUUACUUGGAUGGCAAACGGAUUGGAUCAAUACCAAUAGUUGACUCACCACAGCUAGAAGGUCCUGGAUUACUUCUUGUUGGAUCUAGACCCCCUGGCAUUGAAAUGUUCACUGGUUACAUGCAGGAUGUUCGGAUCAUGAUGAGAGGAUUUGAAGAUGGGACUGUCAGAGAAUUAUUUUUGAUGAUGUCUUCAAAAGAUGUCACUCCUAUAUCAGGAGUUAUGACAUACAACACUGGAGAGAUUCUACAAAACUUCACUGUUGCCUCCAUCCAGGAUAUUGAAGAGGAGGGCAGAGAGGUGUUUGUUGUUCUUUUGAUUGACACAACAGGUGGAGCAACUCUGUCUACAACUGAUGCACGCACAACUUUAACCGUUCAAAAGAGUGAUUAUGCUAAUGGUCUGUUCAGCCUUGUUGACUGCAGCCCAUCAAGAAUAUUGUAUGAAAACACAACAGUCACUUGUAGUAUACAGCGCUCUCGAGGAGAUGAUGGUACUGUGUCCGUAAGCUGGGUGGUGAAUCAAGUUUUGGGUUCAACCCAACAGCAAGCUAGCAGUGAUUUUGACAACAGCAUUGGGAUGGUUGUGUUUUUACCAGGAGAGAGAAUCAAGACAUUUGAAAUCAUUGUGAGAGAUGAUAACUUACCAGAACUGGAUGAAUCUUUUGUAGUUUCUUUAGUGGUGGCAGUAUCUGAUGAUGGAUUGAUAGGCUCUACUAACACCAGUGGUGCUGUACUGGAUAGCUCUGCUUUGAACAAGCCAUUGACCAUUACAGAAAAUGAUUAUCCUUAUGGAUACUUGCAGUUUUCAAAUCAACUUGGUGCUGUUCCAGCAGCGGACAUAUUGAUUCCUCCCACCACAUCUUUGAUUCAGGUCAGUGUGAAGGAAGAAGGUGGAUUGGUCCCAUUAGUUGUUCUGAGGGCACAAGGCACUAUAGGCACCAUCAGAGCAGAUUGGAGAACCAAGGAUAUCACAGCACUAAGUGAAGGCAAAUCUCCACCUGAUUAUGUGGGUGGUGUUGGGAGUGUUGUCAUGGGUCCUAGUAUUAACUUUGCUUGGAUUAACAUCACAGUCAUUGAUAACACAAUCCCUGAAGCUGCCAAAACAUUUGAAGUGGAACUCUUCAGCCCAACAGGUGGGGCUGUCCUGAGCCCUGGCUCUAACAAAGUGCAAGUCACUAUUCAAGCUUCUGAUGGUGCUUUUGGUUUCUAUCAAUUUGAUGACAGUUACCUCAACAUGAAUGUGAAUGAAGAAGGUGAUGAUGGUUAUAAUGUAGCAAAGCUGCAGGUCAAUAGACUAAAUGGAACAAUUGGAAUUUCUAAAGUGGCAUGGGAAGUUCAGGAAGACUUAAGUGAUGGCAUUGACAUUAUCAAUCAAAAUGGCACAUUGACUUUUCAACCUGAUCAGAGAACAGGAUUUAUUGAGCUACAAGUGAAAGGGGAAACAAUUCCUGAGUUGGAUGAGACUGUCAUUGUUAAGUUGACUCAGGUUCUUGGGGGUGACCUGGGAGAUUCACUGCGGCGUACUGCUAGAAUAACCAUACUUGCCAAUGAUGAUCCUUAUGGUAAAUUUGUUAUCAUGUCUGCCUUUAGACCAAUCAAAGUGAUAGAGACUUUACAAGAUGUUAAUAUAACUGUCCAGAGACUUGGAGGUCAGUUUGGCUCAGUUCAAGUAGACUUUACAUCACUGGGCCCUAAUGAGAGGUAUAACUUUUUGCCAAGUACUGCAGUUAGAGCUGAUCUAAAUGACUUUGUGGGCAAUCAAGGUACCUUAAGCUUUGGCCCAAACCAAGAGUUAGCUCAAUUUAAAAUACAAAUUUUGGAUGACCAAAUACCUGAAGAGGAUGAAAGUGUGUUUGUUCGAUUGACAGCAACUAGACUUGUGCAGGCAGCACAAAUUAAUGCAAUUCCCAACUCUCCAACUCUGGGUCAGAAUUCUGAGACCUAUGGUCAGAUAAUCAUUUUAGCCAAUGAUGAUGCUAAUGGAAGACUUCAGUUAUUUCCACCUAAUGUGUCUGUGUCCGAGUCUGUUGGUCAAAUCCCUGUCAAUGUGACUAGAACUGGAGGAACCUUUGGUGAGGUGUCUGUCAUCUUUCGAGUUAUAGAUGGCUCUGCUGUAGUAAAUCAAGACUUUAUUGUGCUGUCUAGUGUAGUGAUUCUGCCACCAGGAGUGACAAGCAGGCUGUUAGAUAUUCAGAUCAUAGAUGAUAUCAUCCCUGAGAGAGCUGAGUAUUUCACGAUUGAGCUGCAGGAUUCGGCCAAGGGUGGUGCAGUACUUGGAGAUCAGAGGACCUCAGUGGUUACCAUUCUACCUUCAGAUGACCCUAAUGGAGUGUUUGCCUUUGGAGCUCAAGGUCUGAAGGUUUUAGAGUUGGACCAGGCUUAUACAGUUAACAUAACUGUUCUUAGGAUUGGAGGUUCUAUGGAUACAGCAACUGUUUCCUGGGAAGCCAGACUCAAUGGUGUGCCAGCUUCAGAUGACAUCUCUCCAAGUUCUGGUUCUAUCUCAUUCGUCACAAAUGAGGUUAUCAGAAGCAUCACAAUCAGAAUUUUACCAGAUGAUAUUCCAGAAGGCGAUGAGGACAUAGUUAUCACACUAACCAAUGUGACCAAUGGAGCUCGGAUAGGGGAACAGAAAACCUACAUACUUACUAUAUUAGCCAAUGAUAGUCCACACGGUACAGUGCAACUCUCUUCCUCUACUAUUGUGAUUGCUGAGGACCCUGCUGAGGGAACUCAGUCUGCUUCAGUAGUCAGAAGUGGUGGUACCUUUGGUGCAGUCAGAGUUUACUAUUCAACUAGUGCAAUGUCAUUAUUAGAACUUAAUGCACUCUCUGGGGGAAAUGUGUUGACACUCUUCCUGCCACCAAUAGCAGGAUUGCCAUCUUCUUUGUCAGGGAAUGUGCUGAAUGUUACACAGGCCAAUGAUACCCUUCAGGCUUGUGCCACCUAUUGUGCCCAAGAGUCCAGCUGUGUUAGUUUUAUGUAUCAACAAACUUUGGCAUCAAUCUCCUGUCUCUGGUAUACAAGCACAUUUUCAUCAGGAUCCCUACAACAAGGCCUCAAUGCUAAUUUCUAUGAAAAAGAUGUCAGCAGGAUGUCCCAACUGCGAUUGAAUUUAGCCACAGCUGGAGCUGAUUUUACUGUAGUUACUCGUAUGUCCAUUGUGCUACAAGAUGGACAAACCACUGGAUUAAUACAGCUUCCCAUUAUCAAUGAUAACAUUCCUGAAUUGGAUGAACAGUUUUUUCUAACCUUAGUGGAUGCUGAAGUGGUCAACAGCACCACAGAUGUGACUGAUAGUCCUCUGCUGGGGAGUCUACUGAAAGCCUCUAUAGUGAUCGCUGCUAGUGACAAUGCCUUUGGCCAAUUUGUUGUGUUGAAUCCAUCAGAUCCCUCUAGCAGAGUGGUUCAGGUUCCAGAGAUCAACAAACUGGCUGUUGACUUAGUUGUGGAACGACAAGGUGGAACAUAUGGCAAUGUUUCAAUAGAAUGGAGCAUUAGUCUUGUAAACAGAACAGCAACCUAUGGGGAGGAUUACAUAGCAGAUGGAGCAACACUUUUAUUUCUAGCUGGACAAAAUAGAAGAGUGAUUACUCUGACUAUACUUGAUGAUGCAAUACCCGAAGAGAAUGAAGAGUUAACAGUCAUCAUUGCUAAUCCAAGAGGUGGUGCAACUUUAAGCAACUUGAGUUCUAUCAAAGUUGUAAUUUUGGCCAACGACAAUGUAGCAGGAGUUUUAUCAUUUGAUAAAUCAUCAGCGCUAGUUAAUGAAGGUGAUGUUCUGCAGCUCAGGGUAAAAAGAACAAAUCCUGCUCAUGGUACUGUUACAGCUCAGUGGAUCAUCCAAGCUAAGAUUGGUGUAACUGUCAGCACUGGUUUCUCCCAGUACACUGGAAUACUGACUUUCAUACCAUUUGAAACAGAGAAGAUCUUAAACUUGACAAUAUUGGCUGACAGCACACCAAAGGAAGAUAGAGAAUACACUCUAAGUAUUCAAAAUAUAACAACAGAUGGUGUUGCUCCUACUGGUUGGGCAGCAGUUGACCCUCAGCUGGGUUCAGUGUUGAUUACUAUAGCAGGCAACAAUGACCCUAAUGGAGUAUUUCAGUUGUCUUCUUCCUCUUUGGACUUGAGAGUACAAGAGAAUGUGGGAACUGCAAGGUUGUUAGUGGAUCGGAAAUUUGGUUCUAUUGGCAGUGUGAAUUUGUCCUAUGAAGUCAUUCAAGGCUCACUUAAACCACUUGGUACUCACAGAAAUUUGGCCAAUAUGGGUCAAGACUUUAUUGGCAUUUCACCUGGUUUUUUAAUUAUUGGCAAUGGAGAAACAUUUGGCUACAUCAAUGUCACAGUGUUUGAUGAUGAUGUCCCUGAAAUAGAUGAGGUUUUUAUUGUUCGUCUGAUUGGCGUUUCCUUAAUGAAUUCUACCAAGAGCACUUUAUUACCAAGGCUAGCAAGCAAUAGUACACAGACAGAAGUGACUAUAGCAGCUAAUGAUGGAGCACAAGGCAUAUUUCAGUUUGCUACAGACUCUCAAAUUGUGACUGUGAGUGAACAAGGUCAGACCAUAGCUCUGACUAUUGUAAGAGGGAAUGGAACAUUUGGUCAAGUUUCUUUAUUUGUUUAUAGUCAGCCAGUCACACCAUCAACCAUACUAGGAGUAGACUACAACAUGUCUUCUGGUGAAAUAAUUUUCCAGGAAGGUGAAUCCAGAAACUCUGUAAUGAUCACCAUUAUAGAUGAUAAUGAACCGGAGCCUGAUGAAACAUUUGAAGUAAUUCUGGCCAAUCCAAGCAAUGGAGCCUUACUAGGCCAGGCUUCCAGGGCUAGGGUUACAAUAUUAGCUAAUGAUGUGUCUGGUGGUCUUAUUUCUUUCUCCACCUCUGAGCCUUGCCAUCUAAGGGAGGCGACUGCUGAGGACUCUUCAUUUUCUAAGGCUGAGAUUUUAGUGAGUCGAACUCUUGGAACAUUUGGAGUUGUAUCUGUGCCUUUCAUCAUAACAUCUUCAGAUGGACAGUUAACUACUGAUGUGAUUCCUGCCAAUGGCUCUAUCUUCUUCUCUGAUAGACAGGCGGCAGCAGUACUGACUUUAGAGGCAGUGAAUGAUGAAGAACCUGAACUAGCAGAGAACUUCACUCUCACACUACUCACUCCAUCCAAUGGGGCAAUCUUAGGAAACAUUACAACAAAGGCUAUCAAUAUUGAUCAGAGUGAUUCCCCUUGGGGUUUGCUACAAAUUUAUCCUUCUAUUACAGGAUUGACUAGCAUUGCAACAGAGGAGAUCUUUACCACACUAAGCCUGGAUGUUGUUAGAAGUAAGGGUACACUGGGAAAGGUGACGGUGAAAGUGGUCACCAUCCCUGGCAGUGCAACAGCUACUACUAAUAUCAGCAGGGUGGUUUUAGCCCCAAUAGCUGAAGUGCUGGGUGCCUCUGUGUCUGAUUGGUACCAAUUUUUGGUAGGAGGUACAGAUUAUAUACUUAUGUUGACCUCUCUACCAGAUGAUAUACAAUUGAAUACUUAUGUGACUAAUGGAUCAAUACUUGGUGCUGGACAAUCUGUUCUGUAUAAGUGGCAGGGGCAGAUGACUUAUCUAUCAACUUUAUCUACCAAUGGUGCAACAGCUGCAACAUCUUUUACUAUUUCCAACAUAACAUACUUAGUGGUGGCCAAUGGUGGCAGAGAGGGAAAGCGACAGGUCUCCACCAAUGUAUACAAAGUCUCAGGACAAGGAACAUUGCAAAUAAUUCAAAGUUUAUCUACAAGUGGAGCCAGUGAUGUUGAAUAUUUCCAGUUGAACUCUCGACAUUUUAUUUUUGUGACCAAUGCACUGGAUAACAUUUCCAAGUCUGACAUCAGUAGUUAUUUGUAUGAAUGGGAUCUCAAUACAGCUCAAUUUAACAGUGCACCAAGGCAGAUAAUUAGCACACUCUAUGCCAAGUCAGUUACAAGCUUCAACAUAUAUGGACAGAUUUAUUUAGCAGUUGCCAACUACUAUGACAGAACUAUUGGAUCUUAUGAAAUCAGCUCCAUAGUUUAUCGUUUAGAUGCUACUUUUAAUCUGAUACAACAUCAGCGUAUUACCACACAAGGUGCUGUCAGCUUAGCAUACUUGGAAGUCACUGGCUUUAGUUUCCUGGUUAUUGCCAAUUACAGACAAAAUGUUAUAGCUUCACCACAGGACUCUGUUGUCUACAGAUGGGACUAUGUGGCUCAACAGUUUGUUUUGCAUCAAAUUAUUCCUACAACAAGAGCCUUAAAAGUUUCUUCUGUUAUUUCAAGUCAGGGCUCAGUUCUUCUAGUCUUUGCCAAUGAACUAGGAAACUCAGAAAUUUUUAUUUGGGAUGUUCCGAGUAAUACUUUCAAGUCAGUUUGGAAGGGAAGCACUUAUUUGAACUUAAAGCCCAUCACAAUUAAACAACCUGAUGUGAAUUUAGUCAUGUUGGCUUCAUCAGAAUUGACCAGAGAGACCAAGCCAACAAUGUUUCAAAUUGCCCAGUUAGCCAAUAAUAGUGACUAUAUGCCAAGACAGGUAACAAUGUCCUUUGAGCCAGGACAGACACUGCUUCGUACAUCUGUGGCUGUACUGUUGGAUGACAUUCCAGAAGAUACUGAGAGUUUCACAGUGUCUUUGGUCUCACCAACAGGUGGAGCUGAAUUAGGACAAAACAACACAGUCAGAGUGGAUAUAUUGGCAAAUGAUGAUGCUUAUGGAAUAAUUGAGUUUUCACCUGAUUCCUUGACUUUGACUGCAGAAGAAAAAGAAGGCAAAGAUACACCAGUCAGUCUGGUUGUCCUGAGACGACGAGGAUUCUCAGGUUAUGUUAGUGUUGCUUGGCAAGCUACUGGAAAUCAGAAUGGAGUUGGUGAUCUGACUCCUCUUUCUGGACAGGUGGACUUUGCUAGUGGUCAGUCUGUGGCAACCAUUACUUUAACAGUGCGAGAUGACCAAGAACCAGAGUUAGAUGAAGAUACUUACAUAACUCUAACUCAGAUACUGAAUGCUGGAACAGCAGAUCCUAAUAAAGGAGCAAAACUAGGUGAGAAAGUUGUAGCUAAACUAACUGUGUUGGCAAACGAUUCUCCCUAUGGGGUUGUUGCUUGGGAGAAGACUCUUGUUACAGUUCAAGAACCAGACAAAAGUGACACCAGUGUUCAGCUUGGUGUUGUGCGUGAACAAGGUCUUAACAUGACCAUCAGAGUUUAUUAUGUAACCUCCAUAGCUAGCCAGUUGAAUCCACUUGAACAGGCCACACCUGGGCAAGAUUUUGUGAUGACCCAAGGCUAUGUGGAGAUGACCAGUGGGACAUCUAGAACUGUGGUCUCUGUAGUUAUUAAAGCAGAUGACCUGCCUGAAGGGCCUGAAACAUUUUUAGUAAACCUGACAUCUGUUUCACUACUAACCAAUAGCCAGAUCCUUGCAGGAGGGCCAAGUAUUGCUAUUGGUAGAAAUAUCAUUCAGGUUGUCAUCGCUGAAAAUGAUAAUGCUCAAGGCCUUGUGGAGUUCAGUGUCAAAACAAAUAAUGAAGGUCGUGUGGAUGUCUAUGAAGAAUAUGGUCGCAAUGUGACCAUAGAGCUAGCACUGAGUAGACUAAUUGGAUACUUUGGGUCACUGACUGUCACCUGGCAGACUGAUCCAAGAGAAGCAGGUUUACAAGACUACUCACCAGCUAGUGGCACUGUCCAGUUUAAUGACCAACAGAAAAACGCCAGCAUUUUUAUUGUCAUUAUUGAUGACACAAUACCAGAAAAUUUAGAGACCUUUGAUGUCAAACUAAUUGGCAUAACUGGGAAUGCUCAGCUGGGUACCUUUCGCCAAGUUAGAGUUGGCAUCUUGAAAAAUGAUUCACCUACUGGGUUAUUUAGAUUUGCCACAACGCAGGUAACCACUCAAGAAGGUUAUAACAACACUGACCCCAAUGGUCAAGCUGUUCUGAUUGUACAAAGAGUUCAAGGCACUCAAGGUGCUGUCAAUGUGCAGUGGAGACUCAAUGCUGAGGCUUUGUUGGAUUUUAUGCCUCCUUUGGAAAACAUUAUUUACUUUGCACAGGGUGAAACUGAAAAACCAAUAGUUCUUCAGACAAGACAAGACAAUAUUUUAGAGGGAAGAGAAGAAUUUACUGCAUCGCUUGUUGCUGUGGAUAACAAUGCAGAUAUUUCUAAUUCAGCUGGAGACUGCAAAAUUAUCAUCCAGCCAGAUCCUGGCGCUAGUGGUACUAUUUCUAUCUUACCUGAUUAUCGGUGGAUCAUUGUAGGGGAGCCUGGAGAAUCUAGCCCUAGCUACACAGGCAUAGCACUGGUUAAUCUUACCAGAGGCCUAGGUAUAUUUGGUGAGGUCACCAUAACUUGGUCACUGACUCCAAGAGAUCUUUCAGCAUUCCUCCAGGUGGAAGGUAGUUUGACAUUCUCUGACCUGCAACAAACAGCAUCAAUAGUCCUUCAAACUUUGGAUGAUAGUUUACCGGAGAUGAGCCAAACAUACACUCUGCAAGUCACCUCAGCCAACAAUGGAGCCAACAUUUCAACAGGGGAGUCUCUGGCCACUGUGGUGUUUGCAGCUAGUGACUAUCCCAAUGGUCUUGUCCAGUUUACUUUACCUCAAACAGUCAUUGUCUCAGAGGAUCAAGGAACAGUGCAGGUAUCUGUAACCAGGACUAAAGGAUUGAUUGGUCAACUUCAAGUAGCCUACACCACGACUCCAGGAAUGGCUGUAAGCAAUCAGGACUUUAGGCCCGCUGCUGGUGUUCUGACCUUUCAGUCUGGUGUUAACACCCAACUAGUUGAGGUUUACAUUAUACCUGAUGACAUUCCUGAAGGUCCUGAAGACUUUUAUAUAAACCUGACCUCAGUUCAGUUGGUCAAUGACAACAAUAACUAUACUUUGUACAGCGGCUUGAGUCGAGAUAUGAGGCCAGCACUUGGUCCCCUGUCAACCAAAAUUGUAACAAUUGAUAAAAAUGAUAAUUCGGAAGGCAAACUGCAAUUUAACAGUAGCACUUACCAAGUAAAAGAAGAGAGUUUAGUGGCUAGACUGACCAUUGUUAGAACUGGUGGAACCUACGGACAGGUGGGUUUGAGCUAUAAAACUCAAGGUGCUGCUGCUACAGAUGGAAUAGAUUACAUGCCUGCUUCAGGAAUCAUAUCACUAAUUGAUGGAACUACCAGUGCAACUAUCAACAUUACAAUUAUAGAUGAUACUUUAAUGGAAGCAGAUGAAGACUUUAAAGUUCUUCUGUUUGAUCCUACCGGUGGGGCUCUGUUAGGCUCAAUAAAUAUAACCACAGUCAUUAUACUCAAGUCUGAUUACCCAAAUGGACGCUUUGCAUUUGCUGGUCCAGCUUCAAUAAACUUACAGAAUUCUCCAAGCACAGUAAAACAAAUCUUGAACAUAGAAAGAACUGCUGGAUCACUAGGACAACAACAAGUUUUCUGGCGUCUCAUGGGCCCUAACAAUCCGAACAUGGUGUUAGAUGAUACAAGAGACAUAAGCAUCUUGAUCAAUGGACAAGAAGUGACCAGCAGUUCUCUGAUCUGGCAGGAUGGUGAACUUGGGGUCAAGCAACUGACCUUUGACAUCAAAGGUUACACCACAUGGGAAGUGGAGAAACUGUUUGUGGUGGAGAUCUACAAAGUUAGUGGAAGUCCAGCAGGUGUUGGAGAUGGUGAAGUAGAUGACCAGAAAGGAAAUGUUGUGAUCAAAAUAGACAAAUAUGGAGACCCAAGUGGAAUAAUUAGAUUUACAGAUGCUGCAAUUACUCCUAGAGAAAUUUUAGAACCUGAUGGUUCUGUACCAGAGCCUCUAGUGUUUCCUGUGACUAGGGGUAGUGUUGGUACCAUUGGAAACAUUCAGGUUUACUGGGAACUAAGAGGCAAUGAUCUCAGCAGCCCGGAUGUGGCACCAUCUCAAGGAACCUUGUUAUUUUUGGAUAGCCAGAGAGAUGGUGUGAUAACUCUUCAGAUUUUACCAGACGACAUUCCAGAACUGACAGAGUAUUUUAAUUUAGUCCUUGUUAGAGUAGAAGGAGGUGCCACAAUUGAUAGCCAGUAUAAUCAGUCCACAUUCAGCAUAAGAUAUAAUGAUAAUCCACAUGGAGUGUUUGGCCUCAUACCUGAAAAUCAAGCUGUUGUUGUGAAUUCUGCUGAUCUUAGCCGACAAGUAAAGUUGAACAUUUCUCGUUUCCAAGGCACAUUUGGAUCAGUUAUAAUUACAUUUACUAUCAUUUAUGACUUGAUAGGAUCAGAUGUGGCAUUGAGCUCUAAGUCAGGAACAGUCACAUUUGUCAAUGGGUCUAGUGAAGCAACAACAUUUAUCUCACUCCUAGGAACUGGCUUCUUAAAACUUGGUUCAACAUUUACUGCUUACCUUACAGAUGUCCAGUUCUUGGGACCAGGAGUGACCACACCACCUAGUUUUAAAGUGGGAAUGGAGAAAGCACAAAUAACAGUUCCAAGUAUAGCAGCUAAUUCAGAAUUGAGCUUCUCAAGUGACAUUACUUUUGUUAAUGAAGCUGAUCAGACUGUGACUGCAACCAUCAUUCGUUCUGGAACUUAUGGUGCCCUGACCAUAGACUGGAGAGCUGGCUACUCUAUAAGUGAUCUGCCAGUCAAUGUUACAAAUGGAGAAAUAAGUCCAGCUGUAGGAACUGUUGCUAUGAAUCAUGGACAGCAACAAGUCAACAUUACUGUUCAGUUGUUUCCUAAAGUGAACAAAAUAGAGGCUUUUGUACUUCAACUACCCCAGACUCCUCAGACAUUAGUGAGUGGUGGGGCUAGGUUGUCCACCUCACCUCUUCUGGUGCGUAUUGAGCCAUCUGGACUUGUCAGGAUCUCAAACACUUCUCUCUUAGCACAAACAUCAGAACUAGAAGAAGUGGUAACCUUGACACUAUGGCGUCUAUAUGGGUCAGAAGGUCUUAUUGCUGUGACUUAUCAAACAAUAGCAGGUACUGCCCAAGCUUAUCUGGACUUUGAACCUAUAUCUGGGGGUCUAGUCAGCUUUUAUCCACUACAAACUGUAGCCACUAUUCAAAUAAAGAUCAGACAAGACAACAUUCCAGAAGAAACUGAACUAUUCUAUGUGAAUCUUACAAAGAUUGAGAAAUUCCCAACACCAAUACAACCAGCUUUAAGUCCAAGACUAUCUCAGAUGUAUUCAUUAAGCCAGGUAUCCAUUAGAGAAAGCAAUGAUCCUUAUGGAGUUCUCUCCCUGAAACCAACCUUCAGUUAUGUGAACGAGACUUUCACAACUGUAACAUUAACAGUGUCUAGAACAGGUGGUCUGUUUGGAAGUGUCAGUGUGACUGUGAGGACUGUAGGAGGUGGGGAGAGCUGGACGUCACAAAUUGUGGCCAAUAUAGACAGUCCAACCAACAAUACUAUAGCUGAUGUCAUUGGUAAACGAAAUAGUAAAGAAACAGCCACAGGGGGAAUGGAUUAUGAAAUUUUGAAUACAGUUGUUCAGUUUCAGGCUCAGGAAUCUGAGAAAACUGUAGGUGUAACCAUACUUGAAGACAACAUAGCGGAACCACAAGAGACUAUCCUUAUAUACAUAACUCAGCCAACUGGAGGUGCCAGAGUAGCCACAGGAUCAUUAGAUGAUAAUGGUCAGAAAGGUUAUGCUGUAAUUUAUAUCGCAGCUAGUGAUUUAAGCAAUGGGCUUGUAGGCUUUGCAGAAUCUUCUCAGAGCGUCCAUGUGGAUGAGGACACAUCACCCAUGUUGGUCCUGAAGCUCACCAGACUCAAUGCUUAUUUUGGAACUAUCAAGGUCAAUUGGAAAGCUAAACGCAGUGUAAACAGCAGCGACCAAGAAGAUGCUGAUCUUUCUUCUCAGCUGGUCAAAGUAGCUGGCUUCACUACAUGUCCAGCAGAAAAAAGUGACUGUGAUCUGAUAGUGAAUAUUAUCAAUGAUGAUAUCCCUGAGGAAAGCUACAGCUUCAUUGUCCUGUUGACUGGUGUUGACACUGAUGCUCAGUUAAAUCAGAACAGUCUGGUAGCCAGUGUCAUCAUUGAUCCAAGUGACUAUGUCCGUGGGCUUGUACAGUUUGCUCAAAAUUCCAGGGAAAUUAUAGCAGGGGAGAAUGAUGUGUCAGUGAAACUAUCUGUAGAGAAAGUCAAAGGUCAAAAGUACAAUGUGACAGUAGCCUUCAACACUGAGCAGAUGCAAACCUCUGUCCUUGUGUAUGGAGUCAAGGUGUAUCCUGCCCUUGACAGGGCAGACUUUCAAGGACAAAGCAACAGUUUAUCUUUCCUAGCAAACACUCAGGAGAGUCAAUAUAUUACCUUAACUCUGAGCCCAGUCACAGCAUCAGAUAACCCAUUACCUAAACAGUUUUAUGUCACUUUAACAUCACCUACUAAUGGUGCCAGUAUUAAUCCCAAUGCAAGCCGAGCUGUGAUCAGGAUUGUAAAAACAUCAGAUGUUGCUAUCUGGACUAUUGUCAGCAAACCAGGAGUUGGGAGUCUUGCUAAUGAUGAUGUUAUCAUUUCUGUUGUUGGACAGUUGAAUGAACUAGCACAGACCAAUUUGAAUAUUGAUAAUUUAAUCUUGGUAGAGGAUGUGCUUAAUAAGAUCAAUCAGCAAGGAAAUCAGAGAAAGUUGCCUACUGAGGUCCUGAAUGCAGUCAGAAAUCUGUUCUGUAAACUUUUAGAUGAUGCCAUCAAUGAUGCUAGAAAAGGUCGAAGCUCACUGGCAGGGCUUUUAGAAAGUUUUGCUUAUGUUCUGAUUAAAGACACUACUUGCCCCCCUUCUUUGGACAGUGAUAUGAUAAGUACACAAUGCUCUGCAGUUACAAUCUCUGCUGGAAGAUGGUUACCAUCAAAGUUAGCUGGCUAUACAUUCAACAUACAGACCAAAGACUCCUUUGUUGUUUCCCAGACCCUGCCAGAGGUGGAUACAGCUGCUGAUGGCACCAGUGAUCAGUGUAUAGAUUUCCAUGUUCUGGAUUACAAUAGUGUCACAUGGUUUGAUACAAGUUCUGGGGAGAACCCUUUGAUCAAUAAGAAGGUUGUAGGUUUUGGGCUCAAAGGUCGACAAUCUGGAGUCAUCACUAGUCCUGUACAAUUUACAGUUCACACACCUGAUCGCAGGAUAGCAGCUAGAGAUGCAAAGUGUGUGUACUUUGAUGAAAGCACCAGAAAGUGGGUCAACCCCAAUGAUGUGUGCCAGGUGAAAAAUGACUUAAGUCAGGCUGUGGAUGACUUUGUGAACUGCGAGUGCAGUCAUAUGUCCAGCUAUUCUGUAACUGCCUCCACCAGAGAUGCAGACAUUGUGGGCUACACUGUGUGGUUCUUUGUUAUUUGUUUCAUUUGCAUGGCUUCAGUUCUGCUAACAGUUAUCUGCCACUGCAUUUGUUUCCGCCAAGCCACAUUCACUGUCAGCAUUCACAUGCAUUUUUUGAUGGCUAUAUUCUUCUUCCAGUUUUGCUUUGUAAUUGAUGCAUUCUUGUCACCUGAUCAAAUUUUGGCUAUCAACACAAGCUCAGAUAACUCCAAAUGUAUCGCCAUGGGUCUGUUUAUACAUUACUUCUUUCUGGCACAGUUUACUUGGAUUGUCACACAGGCAAUAAAUCUUUGGAAAGUUCUUGUUAUGAAUGAUGAACAUACAGACAGACAUUAUGUUGUCUUCUUUAUCAUUGGAUGGGGAGUCCCACUUGUAAUUCUGGCCAUUUUUUAUGCUACCACCUUCAACAUCUACAAGUACCAUACAAGUCUGGCUGUUGAUUUUAUAUAUGGAGAUGUCAACAACAAUGGAGAAAUAUGUUUCCUGACGAAUGGCUUUGCUGCUAUUGGAGGUAUCCUGGCCCCUGUAUUGUUUACUGUAUUGAUGGCUGGGGUUGUGUUGCUUAAGGCCUAUCAGUUGUCUGCUCAGUGGCAAUCCUAUGAUGACCUCUUCUAUGGAAGGCUGAAUGCAAUAGAGAUUCCACUUCUUCUUCUGACCUGGUGUGCAAUGAUUCUGACUUGUCUGUGGCUAGCUUUACACUUGAUCUAUGGCUACCUUUGGAUGAUGGUGUUGUUUUGUAUUUGUAAUUUGAUUUUAGCUAUUCUGGUAUUUGUGCUGUAUGCUGUCAUAAGGAACCCAAUACUUUCAUGUAUUUUUGGUCCAUCAACCACAUCCUACUCAGUCUCAGGGGAUGCUCCAGAGUUGAUGGUAGGAGAAGAGAAGCCUUACAAUCGUACACCUGUAGCUAGCAGUGUGAAGGGAUCCAGAGCCUCACUUUUACUUAACGAUGCGUGGGAAAACAAUACUUCAGCAAGUAGGAACAGAAUGACAGUGAGAAGAGCCUUGCCUUCUCAGGUAUAUAUCAACCCUCCAGUGGCAGUAAUAAGCCCAUCUGCCACCAUUGACAGUGACAGUCCAGAUUUUGAUGAGCUGAUCUAUGCCUUGAAGACAGGGCUAGCACCCAGUGAAUACUCUAGAAGUUUUGAUGAUGACUCCUCACAGUUGUCCUUUAUACUUGACAAAUAUGAAACUAAGCGCAUUGACAUAGCAGACACCCAUGUGUGAUUGAUAUAGCAGACACCCAUGUGUGAUUGAUUGACAUAGCAGACACCCAUGUGUGAUUGUUUGACAUAGCAGACACCCAUGUGUGAAUGAAAGCAGAAGCAGACACCCAUGUGUGAUUGACAGUGGAGAUAAAUGGUUUAUAUACUUACAUUCCAUUAGUUGAAACUUAAAUAUGUCCUAGUUUCUUCAAUGGUCUCUAGAUUAAAAACAUAUCAAUUUUGAUAAUAUAAAGUUAUAGAACAUCUUAUGUGUUAUAUGUUAUUUUUAAACCUUGAUUAUCUCAAUAUUUUUUAUUAAAAUAUGAAAAUAUUAAAACUUGUAUUCUGUGUCAUUGUAUUAAACUGUACUUAAAUUAAAUAGUUGAAAUUUAUGAUGUAACUUAUUUUUACGUUUCAGAUUCAAUUUUCGUAAUAUUUAGCAUUGAAUGUAAUUAGGUUAUUAAUUUUUGCUAAUGGUCAAUUUGAUGAAAAAUUUUGUGCUUAAAUAAUUUUUUUUAUUUUAAAAAGGGUGUGAGUGAUAAAAAAAAAAUUACUGGAUUUAAAUUUUACAAAAUCUCUUAUCAACUAACAUCACUAAAUUUUAGGAUUUAAAAAAAAACUGAAAUUUCAAGUCAAACUUUGAAUCAGAAAUAUGAUGUUUUUUAACAAGACAAAGCCUAUUUAGCUGGCCAGCAUAAUACUAUCUGUAUGAAACCUGAGGAAUAUUUUUGCCUUGAUAUAAACAUUUUCUCUUUCUGUCUUGAUAUAACAUGUAUCUAUUUAUUUGCAGAUAUUUGAUCUCAGUUUUUGUAGAUAAAUAUUGUUUUUACUUGGUGGAUAUUAUUAUAAACUUUAGAAUCAUAUGUGUAUCUUAAAAUGGAAUUCUUUAAUAUUUUGAUGUAUUCAGUCAGUAAUCUCAUAAUGAAUCUUAUUUAUAUUGAAAGUUUAAUAAGUUGUUGUUUUUUUGCCCCUAUCAAAGAAAAAUUUUAGAAACUUUAAACCAAAUCAAGCUUUAGGCCAGAUUGGCAUUCAAGCUAAGAUGCUCAAAGAACUAAGAAAUGAACAAUCAUCAGAAUUUGUGACCUAGUUAUAAUUCAUGAAAAGCUAUUUGAGAAAUUAGAAACAGAAGUGUUACCAAAGAAAGUCACAAAGCUUUGAAACCUUGUUUGCUUAUUUCAUAUAACUAGUUUAUUUCUUUAUCACAAUGCAUGUUGGUA